ACGUACGAGAACAUGGCGCUGCUCGUCAAGGCCUCGGAGUCGAUGGACUCCGAGGAGGACGACGCGGCGUCCAUGCUUCGCUCGAUGUCGAGCGACGCGGAGCUGGACCAGGACGCUGGCACCGCGACCACCGGGAGUGACCACAGCGGUAGCGGCGGCCGCAGCGCCGAUCUGCACAGGUGCAAGACGGAGGAGCAGCUCGACGUCGACUCCGGUGUGUACAGCAGCUCCGUGGAGUCUGCAUCCUUCCUCAGUACGGGCACACCCCCAGCAAGGAAGAAGGGAUCUAGGGACAGCGAGCAGGAUGAGUCUGUCCAGGAGGCUUCCCAAUCGGAGGCAGAGAUGCUGACCAUGUGCAAGUGUAUCGUGAGCAGCAUCAUCGAAAGUGAAACAGCAUACGUGGACUGCCUCGACACCCUUAAUCAGUACGCUCGUGCCCUGACCAGUGCCAUCGGGACGAACCAGUCGGUGUUGUCCAAGGAGGAGAUCGACACCAUCUUCUACAAGAUCGAGCAGCUGCACGAUACGCACAAGAACUUCCGGGAUGGCCUGCGCAGGAACUGCGAGAACUGGGAUGCCAAGCCAACGAUCGGCGAGAACUUUAAGUUCCUGGCAAGUCGCCUCGAAGUUUACAAGCUGUUCUUGGAGAACUAUUCCAAGGCCAUUGAGACUGUGCGGCACUGCAACGCAUCAAAUAUGAAGUUCGAGGAGCUGUUCAAGAACAUAAAGUUAAACACAUCGAAAGGACAGCCAGCCACAUUAGAAGAUUUGCUCCACAAGCCAGUGGCGAGGGUGCAGAAAAAUGCGCUGGUGCUUCAUGACCUUCUUCACUACAUACCUAGCAGCCAUCAUGACUACAACAACCUCAGGGCAGCGCUAAAGCUCACGCAGCGGUUCCUGAAUGAACUCAAGCUCAACUCACCAGAAAGCAUGUUCCCGCAUCAAGACAGGGCUCCUAGGCAUGUCGUGAAAAACAGCUUUAUUGUGGAAUACUCCGAGGGACACCGGAAGCUCAGGCACCUUUUCCUCUUCAAUGACGUCAUUGUCUGUGCCAAGUACAAACCUUCCAGUAGGCAAAAGUUUACUUUUGAGGUCAAGUGGUAUAUCCCUCUUAGCCUUGUUACCCUCAUUGACGCUACUGGAGAAAUGGAGCCCAUCAGGGAAGACAACAAGGUGAAUGUAUGCCAAUUGCGGUCACGAACAAGCACGCUGAGAGACGCUGUCGCAAAGGAAGAAAGAGACAAUGCCAAGCUUGGAAAGCCACCAGGUCGCAACUUGGAACGAAAUCGAAAGAAACUUAGUGAACUGGAGGCACAGUUAGUCCUGCACUCUCCAAAUCUGCCAUUUAAGAUUGGCUUCAAGAACACCAAAACAUACAACUUCUUCCUGUCGUCAGAGUUUGAGCGAUCCCAGUGGAUUGAGGCCAUCAACCACCUGCACAUGACAGCCCCGCAGGUUGUCACAACACCCAGCAUUCUCGAACUGCAGAGCUGCAUUACAUCAGCGAGAGGGUGCAUGGGAACCAACAUGGGAUCUUUCCUGACAAGAACAGCCAAAGAUGAGGACCUGCUGUUUGGCGACCUUCUCGUCACUGUCCACAACUUGCAGGGGCUCACAACACCUUCAGACAUUUACAUUUGCUUUGAAGUAGACUCCUAUGGACAUUUCUUCAAGAAGGCCAAGACGAAAAUAUGCCAGAACACAAUGGAACCAAUCUUCAACCAGGAAGUUGUUAUUGACCUGGACGGAUCACAAACACUUCGAAUACUUUGCUACGAGGAGCAAAUUAAGAACGGCACAACCAUUACUGAGCUGCGGGGAAAGGCUGCCUUCGAGAUGAGUCGUUCCUGGCUCACGGACAAGUACCAGGAGAAGUCCUUCAGCCUGCAGGACUUCACGCUCAACCUCAGCAUAAAGUACAACUCCUCAGAUGUUGGUCUGCAGAGGGUUCCGUCAUGUAAACCCGUUGGAUCUUUCGGAGUUAAGGUGCAACAGGUUUGCAAGAAGGAAAAGAGCGCAGUGCCGUUCGUGAUCACCACAUGUGUCCGGGAGGUCGAGCGUCGAGGUAUCAAUGAAGUGGGGCUCUACAGAGUGUCUGGCUCUGCAUCAGACCUUCAGAGGUUGAAGAGGACGUUUGAAAACGAUCCCUAUGAAGCUGAGCAACUACUCAAAGAGGUUGACAUCAACAACGUCACGGGUUUAUUGAAGCUAUACUUGCGAGAGCUUCCAGAGGCCCUCUUCACUGAUGUUCUCUAUCCAAAGUUCUUCGAAGCAUUUAGUAAACAUGACCAAGAGGAAAAGAAAAACAUGCUCCUGAGCCUCUUCAGCAAACUUCCAGAAGUAAACCAAAAUGUCACAGUGUUCCUGAUUGAUCACAUGGUGAAGAUCAACUCCAACGAAGCACAGAACAAGAUGUCCCUUCACAAUUUGGCUACCGUGUUUGGGCCAUCCAUAAUCCGUCCCUGCAGUGGCGCGGUUGGCCAGAGCCCCAGCGACCUCCUCACCACCAGCACUGUCGAUGUCAUGGCGCAGGCUGGUAUCCUCUACUUCUUUCUGCGGAGGAGGGCAGCUGGCCUCUCCCUCACCCUCGAGAGUCGAGACGCGUCUCCUGCCGAAGCAUGAAGUGUGAAGCGUGUGUGCAUUGUUUCUUUAGCAUUCUCUUGGCAAGCAAGAACAAUGAAAAGCCUGCUUGACAAAAUGCAGCUAUGACCACGUCUGUGUUGACAACGAGCCGUCAAGGGAAAAGCCACAAACCUAGUUGCGGUUUCUCCAUAACGCUCUUGGGAACGUCAUCUGCUGCGAAGCUGUCACAUAUUGAGCAAGCAUGUGCCGGUCAACUACAGAUUUUUAUUUGUGUAUGUUUGUGUGUGUAUGUGUGCGUGCGAGGCUUUGUGUUUUAUAUAAAUAGUGGACAUUUGGCAACCUAUGCGCUCAACUGAGAGUGCAUAGCAAUGGUGCGGUAUGCACGCCGCUCUGCACAGUUGCAUGCAGCCUUUCGACAAUGCACUUACUCCUUGUGGUGCAGAUGAGCAAAGCACUGUCUGUACAACGCAGGUUAAUCUACUUUACAGUCUGCAACAGUGUUACGAGUUAAUUAGGUGAAUAGAUUAUUGAAGCUUCUUGAGGGAAAAGAGGUGUGUGUGUGUGUGUGUGUGUGUGUGUUUUUUUAAUAGGAUCUACAGUGAAUGGCGCUUCUUUUAGUUGAAUCAAUGUCAGUUGAUUGCCAGCCAGUGAACAAUGUAUAGUUUCUGCUGAUAUCCUAUCCUUUGAAGCCUAAGCAUUCGCUGCAAUAUUUGGUCUACAGUGCUGGUUCUUGCUGACAUCAUAGCCUCUUUCUGGGGACCUGUCUUUGUACUACUUCAUGAAGUUUGCUUUAUUUUUUUGUAUUAUGUGUCAUCACUACAUAAUCCUUAGUGCCAUUCACUCCAGCCACGUCAACCAGCGAUGGCUGCAACACAUCUGUACAAUCUUUGCCAGAAAUCCUAAAGCCAUUGCGCCAGUGACUAGAUCUGUCGUUGGGUCCCAUUAUAGGGUGCUCCAUAGCUCACCGGAGUUAGGAACACCGUUCGUCUCACUUUUUGUGGCUCUCAUUCAACCAGGGUUCUACAGAGGACCUAGUAAGCAGCCCGACAACUGGCCUAGUCACACGUGGAGAGGCUUUGAAACUUUUGGCAAAGACACUACCUCUUCUGGCCCAGUGGCAGUGAAUUCUACAGACAAAAGUAAGGAAUUAGUGUAUUGUCACCGCAGUCAUCAAGGCAGUGGCCGUCCAGGCAUCUGCAGUGCACAGUUUGAGCAGCAGCUUAGCGGCACAUAAGGAGAGCAACUGUCCCUUUUCCUUUGCUUAAGUGUACACAGUUUGCUGCUGUAACAAAGCACAUGUUGCUGUGUGGCUGAACCAGCUUUACGGUGUGUCUAUUUAACUAGUCUACAAUUACUGUUGCUGUUACGUUGAAGUGUCUGUGGGCCAACAGCUCUUACCUCUGUUCUAUGUACCUAACAAUGAGCUCUCGCUCGCUUCAUUCACGGUAUGUUUAAGCCAGAACUAUUGUGAUUUUUGUCAGCCUGAGUGCAUUUCUGCUAUGCUUCUUAGGUUCUUUAUGAAACUAUCGUGUUACUGUUUUAAUUGUUCACUCAUUUCUUUCAUGCAUUUCACACAGAUUGUCAAAAUGUGUGGACCACAGGCCUUCUUUUUUUUAGAUUUCUUUACAUGGCAAUGUGUGUUUUAUAACUGCAAAUUUUAUUAUGUUGUCUAACAGAACAUUUCAUUAAUGUCAUAUUACACUGUCCUCUUUUGUCAUUAGGCUUUUCAGUUCCUUUUAAGGAUCAGAUGUAUUUGCCGAAGUGCUAUAUGCUCUGUUUUUUGUUUGCCUCUGUGUUUUUGGUUCUCCCUUGCUUCACAGAUUAUCACGGCAAAUAGGGGUAGCAUUCCAGUGGUGGGACAUGCACGAUAUAAAAUUUUCUAGAUACCUUUAUAGAUCAGCUGCUGUGUUUACAUUUGUGCGAGUGUUUUCUAAUGCAUUGACAGCGGAUGUGAAUAACUGACCAAAAUGUGGCUUGUCAACUCCUUUGCUCAUUUUAAACAGCACCAAAGUUAAGCUUUUAUCUUCCUUAAUCAAUGUUCUGAGAACUAUUGCCAACUUUUAGUAACUACCUAUUGGAGUAUUAUUGCUCAGGCCAGGACUGCUUCUUCCUAUGAGAGGUCUUAUUUAACAAAAGUAAUUUGGGAUGACAAUGCGGUGUAGCUGAAUUAUGACUUUAAAGUUGCGACUAAGUUUAGCUACACCUCACUGAACUUUCAGCAUUACUUAUAACAAAUAUAAUGAUGCGCCGUUGUAUUUUUAUUGACAAACAGUAUUCAUGCAUUUUUUUUUUCAGUAGUAGUUUCUAUUUUGUUUUUAUUUUUUAGUUUUACAUCUACUGCCAAAUAACACCACCUUGGGUUGAGUAUGAUGGUGUGCUGUUUAUUGCUUUUAGCAUUUAAUCACGCUGCUAUCCAAUGAAACCAUUGUACGCAUGACAGCACUAACUAUGUUAUGUGUGUGCCCUUUUGCUGUUUGUAAAUAACCGGUGUAGACAGUUUUACACAAACUUUUUGUACAUUUGCAUGUCUGACUUGCCCGAUGAUGUCUCGGGCAUCGUACCUUGUAUAUUUUUCUUUCACUUUUGUACUAGAAUUGCGCAGAUAGUAUGUUCUUGUAUGUUUACACUGAUGAUGUCAUGAAAGCAGCGGUGUACUGUGACAUGCUUAUGAAUGCACACUUGUUAUGUUUGGAUGUACUGCGUGUGUUAGUUUAAUCUGACUUCCAGGCACUCUUGUAUUAUAGUGCUCAGAAUGCGAGUUUGUAUUCGAUGUACGACUUUGGAACUGUUUACAUAUGGCCGUUCACAAGUGCUUCUGUCACAGAGACUACAUAAACACCAACAGACUACUACAUAAAAAUGCCGCAGAGUUGCGUCUUCUUGAAUACCAAAACAAAAGCAGCAGUAUGAAGGCCCUCUACAUUUUUAUGUCACAUUAAAGUGUGUUGUAUCUCGCUUUUAUCUACUGCCAGAUGUUUAAGCUGGAAUUCUGCUUAUAAUAACUGCCAUUUAAUUCUUAGACAAGGUUAUUGCACUUUAUGCUUCCAUGGUGACAAAUGAGCAAGUUUGUACUUGAAACAAGGCAUGGGCAUUUCAAUGAAGUAUGGACAUGUCUGCUUGGUUUAGUGUAUUAUGCAGUGUAGGACUUUUUAGGUAAAAUCUCCAUUCAAUCUUUCUUUUUAUCUACAAGACACAGUAAAAGAACAAACCAAAUCAAAAAAAAAUUUUUUUUCGCAUGUCAAAGUAAGAACAACGUGCCAUUCUGUACUGAGAAACAUCACUGCAGGUGUACCUUGCCUUUGAAGAAUCAAGCAUGAAUAAAAAUUCUUUAGUACGCUUUCACAUAGUAUCUGGGCCACCUUCAACAGCAUAGGCAGUGGUUUUGUUCUUAUGCAGGGCAUUCACAAGCAAGUUGCAUUGCAGCUUAGUUCAAUAUAAUUUGACAGAGGCUAGUUAGCAGUGAAAGUGAUGAGUUACCUUCUUAAUCUACAGUUAGGAUGUAGAAUGGUAAUAUGUACAAUUGUGAGGAUCGAUUGAGAGAAGUGAUUACGAGGGAGCCAGCAGUCACCAAUAUUAAGUUGAUGCUUGAGCCAUGCCUUUUCCAACAUAAGAACAAUAUCAAGAAAUAACAUAAUGAGUCCUGCUUUCGGCUGUUCAGCUGGCAUACAAGAAAAGCCAAAGAGGUUCUCGUGAUGCCAUGAUACGAGAGCUUCUCCAGUGCUAGCUGCGCAACAACUUUAGCAUCCAGUCACUUUUUGGCAUAGACAUUUUAUUUACCUGUUGAAUGCAUCGUGCGACGUUGCUCUCGAACAUUCGCUCAAGGUUUCUGACUUGACUUCCAUCUCAAUGUCAUGGACAUUUUUGGAAAUGUGUGCACCUAAUUUUAAGCAGUGGCAUUACAACUGUGGGGCAAGGGUGAGUGGUCACUUCUCAGAAGUUCUAAAAUUAUGAACGCAAAAAUUCAGUGCGGGAAUGCAAAUGAAGCACUGCGGGCAUGACUCCAGUUAUAAUAUCAUGCAAUGCAUGUUAGCUAAGUAGUGGUAAACCAUCAACCAUCACGACUAUAAUGAGAGUGGACUUGCAAUGAGUUAUGAGCAUGGUGCAAACGUGCACUCAGCCACAGUUUGACGUUUUAAAAAACUUUAGUACAACACAGAAGGGACACAUUGUAAGAAAAUUUUAAAGAAUAACAUUUUUCAACUAGAAUUCAGGAGUCCCAAUUACAGAAAAGUAAGGCAGUAACAGUUUAAUGUUUUUAAUUGUGGCAUGUGGUAUAAAGCUGGGCACCAUUUAGGAAAACGGUGUCACCAGCCUGAGACAGCUUUAAAAAAUAAUAACCAGAGAGUAAUUACUUACUCAGGUGAUUUGGAUGACAUCAAGCAUGCUCUCUGUUAAAUUAGGGAAUGAUCACCUAGUAAACUUCUAGAUGACAGUUGGUACUUCUCGUAUUUUUUUUUUUUCUCGUCUUAUGUCCUGUCUGUGUUGUACUUAAGAUUUUGCAUAUUUCUAGCCAACUCUCCCACACUUGUAUGCUUCUGCACUCUGGUGUCCUUGAGUGAUCAUAAUCAAGGAGAUCCUUUGUAGUAAUCUGGACGGCCCUACUUCAUUCUUUUAUUUGCCUUCAGUUUUCUCUUUCUAGGUUAAGCAUUAAAGUUGCUGGUCAUUUAAGGAACUCGUCAUACAAGUACACAUGAUUGCUUUGUGUGACAAUUGGGCCGUAAUCGAAACAGCAUGCGCAUGGUGCGUCGCCAAAUUCCAAGCAUAUUCAAGUACACACAAGUGCCUCAUGAGAUGUCUCAUGAGACUGCCUUGCGAAGAUUUUUUAGGGGACCACGCUAGCUCCACGCUCACUUCAUAAACAGUCGCUCAUCAUAUUUUAGGUUUCAUUUGAACCUAUGCUGCAUCAUGUAGCUUUCAGGGACCAUAGUGCAAUUUUUAAACUGUACUUUGCCUCAUGUCUUUUCUCUAACAAAUUACACUGUUACCAGUGCAAGCCCAAUUUACACUAGGAACAGUACAUUUUGCAAAGGAAUUUGUAUUUUGGGGUAAUUUUUUUUUUUCUGUUGUCAGCGUAGAUGCUGUAGCGUAGAGGAUAAGGACAAGUGCUUCAGGAAUGCUUUUCUAACUAAAUAGUUGCAGGAACUGAAAGUGCAUGACUAUGGCCUUAUGUCUAAUGCUAAUAUGAUGUGAAGCGCCUCGUCUAUGAGGUUUUCAGUAUUUCAAAUCUUAUGCAUUUCAUGCCAUCAUGCAUGACUAGUGUCCGCAUGCCAAUGUAGUCAAACUGGAAAAGCUGACUCAAAUCUGACACAGUGAGGGGGGCUGUAUUUCUUUAUUUUAAAUUGACCUUCUUGCGAGUUCCACUUGCAACACCUCUGUUUGCAUCAUAGAUGUGGCAGCUUUGUGUGCUUGUGCUUAAUUGGACUUUAUUACUCUGUCUUAGCGGAUGCCACAAAAUGUAACCAUGUCCUGCCGCAGAAAGUGUCGUGCUGUAGUGAUCGUUUGUAAAUAGUUUUGAUUGUGAACCCCGCGGUGUGUACAUGAUGUGGUGAUGGGAGUUUUUGUACAUAUAUUCUUUAAUAAAGCCCAUGGACUGUU